CGCACUUUGCAUCCAGCAAUCGUUGAGAGCAAACGUUUUUCUUAAAUCUUACAAAAAACCUUAUCAAUCAUGGUCGUGAAACUAUCACACGCUGCGCUGUGCGUGGACGUUUAUCCGGCGCUUCAGAAAUGCCGUGGCAGACAAGUUGAUUGUGCGGCGGAAAAGCGUCAGAAACUACAAGCUUUACCAGCCCUCGUGGAAGAUGAUUCCGAAGUUGAGACUUUUGAACCUGAAACGGAGAGGUCUUAUAUCCUGCAUACUGAAGGCUUGCUAAGGAGGCAGAAGUCAGUUUCUCCGCAGCGCAGGGAGAGGAUGCGUCGACAACUUGCGCUGCCGUCGUUAUCAGAAGAUGAGGAGCCUUGAGCUUUUGGUGGAAGGAAUUGGGAAUGGAGUUUUGACACUGAGAAACAGCUGGUCCUGUUUUCACGGUUCGCGAGAGGUUCGGCGAAUCUCGCGCCAAAUCAGCACGUUUGCCGCAAAAAAAGUGAAUGUUAUGUGACGGAACAGUUUUGUAGCCACUGUGGCGGUGUUUCUGUGCGGUUACGACCGGAUAUAAUGUCAAAAAAAAAAUAUUAUAAACUGUGGAGUGAAAACAAUUUUUGUUACUUGUUGUAACACCUUGCACCCGUAUUUAUGUAUGUCUAUGUGUAAAGAUAAAAUGUAAUGUCACCAUGAAAAUAAAUGUUGUGUUUUUAUAAUGAA